GUUGCCACUAGCCCACUUAAUUUUUGAAAUCGACGCCCCAAUUCUUUUUACCCUCGAUACAACUACUUUGUUUUAUUGUAGCCUGAUUGAUAAACUGAACAAUACAUUUGAUUAGUUGCUCUGAGGAGCAUUUCAAAACAUUGGAGUUUAAAUUGUGCAAAAAGACGAGAAAUAUUAUAUUGGCACAACUUAUUCAGCUUGCAUGUACGUAUCUACAUACAUACAUGCCUAAUUGCCAUCAGCAAUGUGCGUGUCAAGAGUUGCCGGUAUCCUUCACUGCGCUGCCGCAUGAAUUGAUCGUGCCUAUCGUGCGUCGGUUCUAGUAAAAAUGUACGGUAUUGCCUAGGUCGGAAACUGUGCAUACAAGUAGAUCAGCGUUCUAUGCGAGGCUGUGACACCAUUAAAUACGUGUGUUCGCGCUACGAUGAUCUUAACAUUUUUCUACAUGGUGGCAACGUGGGUUCAAGCCUGGAGGCUAUCAUCAUUGAGAACUCGCCUAGCUGCUAUUCUCCAAAAUUCAAAUUCACCCACUCCAACCAUAGUCUUUUACAUCAAUUCCAUUGGUUGUGUAAAUCAAGAAUCCAGUGUAGCAAAAAGUGCAUCCAGUCAUAGCAACGGUAGCACCGACAGUCUCAGUUCAGAAUUAUGUAACAACAGAAGUCUUGCUAAACUAGGGGAUCUCCUUUGGUAUCAAGGAGAUAAACAACUAUGCUCCGCAUACCCACAACAAAAAGUAAAUGUGUCAGACUGGCUAAAGUUCCCUCUUGGAAAGACAGUGUUUCCUCUGUGUAUGCACAACUACAGUAAAGAUGCUGCCCUCCGAGAAUGUAGGAUGCAUGUGCUUGUAGAAGCUAAAUUAGAUCACUAUAAUCCCACCGCAUCUAUCAAGGCAACAAAGCUUGAGGAUUAUGGCACAGUCGUGGCCUGGACAUCGAACACAUACAUAGCCCUUAUACUUGAAAUGGAUUUAGAUUAUCUGACCAAAUUGUCUACAGCAUUGAUGCACGGACAACAGUUCAUCAAUAAUGGGCUUUACUUAACUCGAGUACAAUCUGUAGUUGUCGAUGGGAAGCCAUGUGUUUACAACAGUGAUAAGCUUGAAUCAUUUCAUAAGAACAAGUUGAUAGGAAAAGCACAAUGGAAUGCUCAAGUGAAAAAACUACGAAUAUUUAGUAGUACUGCCAGGAUAGUAUCACAGCAAGGAAUACCUAUCGAGGUGGAAGAAACACCAGGAGUUUAUAUAUCCCCUGGAAAUGAGACUCCUACACUUCAUGCUCCAACAAUAUUGGAAAUUACAAUACCUUCAGAUACAGUAGCUAUACAGAGUAUGUCAGAUGCUCCUUUUCCUUCAACACCGCCACCUACCCCGGCAUCCGCAUCUGCAGUUAUCAAUGGGACAGUGUCAAGAUUAUCACAAGAAUUGAGUGGUUCCUUAGAAUUUAGUCCAACAUCAUCAUUGGAUGCACCGACAGUUUUGUCUGUUAGUCCGAGCCCAUCAAAAUCCCACGACCUUGCUUUAGUUGAUUCUGUUGAAUCAAAUCUGACGAAAUCUGUCGUAGUUAUUGAUUCAAUUCCACCAGAAUGUUUGGAUGUAGUACCGAGUGAUUGUCUUACUAAAACACCAUCACCAAAGUCACUACCGCUCACCAGUACAGCAAACUAUUCACCAUCAAAGAAAGCAGUCACUGGAUCAGGGAAUUAUGCCAAACCUCCGAACAUACUUCUUUAUGCAGACAGUACCAUCGCGAUCGAUAAUGUGAAGCGUGUGCUGGAAGCUAUUCUGAACAGGAAUAAGUACACGAUAUACACACUGUCUAGUGACGAAGCGUGCAGUGAUGUCUGGAUGGAUCAAGCCAGAUUAGUAGUUGUAUGUGGAAAUGUUGGAGUGGACGUUGCGUCUCAGCUGGUUGAGUACAUGGUGCGAGGUGGGAGACUGCUCGCUCUAUGCUCUGACACGCUCCAUACAUUAUUGCCAACAUUCAAAACAGCUGAAGUACGCGAACAUGAGCUGGUUCGCUUUUCAUAUGGCAAAUGGAAACAUGUCCGUAUGAUGCAUCAUAUUUUUUGCUAUCAAGCUUCUCCUGCAAAAUCCAGGUUCUCCCAAGAUCAUGAAGAUGUCAAAGUAUCGGCACCGAUGACACCUGCUUCAGCAAAUGUUCGUGAUAAAGCAGGCAAAACGCACACCUUCCAUGUGAGAGUAUUAGGGUCUGAAGAAACAUGGCACACACCGAGUCUUCUACUGGCUAAUCUUCCAGCUACUGGUGGCAAAGCUGUAUUUUCUCAGAUUCAUCUGGAAGUGGAUCCCUCACAGUAUGAAUUUGAAGAGAGCAAAUUUUCAGCUCUAAAACAGAGUAAUUCAGCAAGACUUGAAAUAUUCAGUGAUCUGCUAAGCUCACAUCUUGGAAUGGAUGUCUGUUCCGAACCCCGUGUACUUCCAGCUUACAGCCCUGGUUUUUUCUUGGGGCGACAUGAGCUUAAGUUAGAAAUGCUGGAGAAGUUAAAAGAUAGGAUGCUACCGAAUGACAUAAUAAAAACUGGAAAAUUGGAGAUUCAGUUUUGUGGAAGAAGCACGCAGGGUAUUUCCGCAUCAGCAUCGGUUUUACCAGUAAUGAUUCACCAGUGUCCGGAUAAUUUUUCUACUGUUGAAUAUUUUGAGAAUUUAAGUUCAGAAGAACUGGGUCGCUUAGUGAUAUAUGCUGAUGUAAUGACAUCGUCAAUGGACGUUGUAGCAAAUUGUCAACUACAUCAUGGACUGGCUGUAAUUCCAUGUCAGCAGGUCAGCGGACAAGGGCGGAGCAAGAAUGUGUGGCUGAGUCCAAAAGGUUGCGGAAUGUUUACGUUGCAGUUACAUAUUGCAUUAAAUUCUGUAUUGGGUGGGCGGUUAUCACUCAUCCAGCAUUUAGUUGCUGCUGCAAUAGUCUCUGCAAUAAAAUCAAUUCCAGGCUACGAGGAUAUAGAUCUGAGAUUGAAAUGGCCAAAUGAUAUCUAUGCUGGUAGUACAGCCAAAAUCGGAGGUUUGAUAGUGACAUCGUUGAUAGAAUCUGAAACAGCAAUUUGCAAUAUCGGUGUUGGAGUCAAUUUGUCCAAUAGUGAGCCGACUUGCUGCAUCAAUGACUUGAUCACUCGUCACAAUGAUCAGUACAGUACCAAUUUACCAAAAUUGACUGCUGAAAGGUACUUUGCUCUUGUCUUCAGCGAACUGGAGAGGAUAUUAAACGUUGUUCAAACUGGCAACAUGAAUCAUUUCUAUGAGAUUUACUAUGAAUAUUGGAUGCAUACCGAUUCUGAAGUCGUGGUAGUCUCACCAGAAGGAACAUCACAAGAGGUGAAAAUAUUGGGAAUUGAUGAUUACGGAUUUUUGCAAGUUUGUGAUAAGGGCGGAGAAAUUUUUACCGUGCAUCCGGAUGGUAAUAGUUUUGAUAUUCUCAAAGGACUGAUUGCUCCGAAAUGAUAAAGAUUCAGGCCAAGAUUCAAAAAAGAGUACAGAUAAUGUGCCGGGUGUAGUGCAAUACUUGUUAUUUAUUGUUGGUAUGAUUUACUUUCUAGCUUCGCAAAAAAUCAGCUGUGAGCUUUCAUACCUAUUAAACACCUUAUCUAUAGAAUUUUUUUGUUAUCUCAUGUGAAAUAAUGCUAGAUUACAAAUUAAAUUAAUAUAUCAGGCCUUAUAUAAGAAGAAGCAAAACAGUAAAAAACCAAAAUAAGUAAUGGAAACCCAAUUAUGGUUGUGGAUUCAAAUAGUAAUUUGAAUAGUGACUUACGUAACUUCAACUGGCAUUUAUACUUCGGGUUGGUGCAUUUCUACAGUUUUGUACGAUUAGGUUGUUAUGUAGUUGAAACAAAUUUAUAACUUAUUAAAUAAAAAAAAGACCCCAUGUUGAAGAAUUUGUUGAAUAAUUGUUCCAACGUUUCGCUUCGCAUUUGCAAUGUCAAUCAUAAUGUUCCAAAAAAAAAAUCUGCAUUAAUCAAAUGUAGAUCAGUGGAACACUGGGAAUUUUUCUAUGGACUGGUGUAGAAAACCACAAUUAUUAGUUGAGAAAGUCCCAUUAGGAAUUAUGCUUUCACAUUAUCAUAUCAUAAAAUUGCAUUCCAAUUCUCUGAAUGUGUUCGAUGGGAUUUAAAAGUCAUGACAUAAUUAUGUCGGUAAUCGUAGUUUAAAUCUAACUAUGGAGCUCAUAGUUUAAGAUCUUAUUUGUAAUAAGUCUGUCAUAUCUUCCCUUUCAUUCCACACUCUUAAUAGGAGCAAGUGGUGAAAUAUAGAAAUUGAACAUAAUAUAUAAAACAAGUAAUGUAGAAAAACAGGCACUCGUCAUCUUUAGAGAGAUCCAAGGGGUGUUUCAUCGCAGCAAAAAUUAUUACCGUGAUUACAAGAGAUUACUUGACAAAUUAAUUUUACUUUGCGUAAUUUCUCACGAUUUCUUAAGAUUACAAAGAAAUUCCUAUAAUCAAGAUUUAUCGUGACUACCAUGAUUACCAAUGCAAAAUUUUAUUUAAAUAUUACUGAUUUCAGUGUGAUUUCCUAGACUUUUAGGUGAUUUCAGAGGUUAUGAAAUGAUUUCGAAUGACAUUGACACCGCGAUCGCUUCGAUAAAACACCUCAUGGAGGGAUCUAGUCUGAAGAAAGCAGAAAAAAAACAAGUUAUAAAAAUUUAUAGUAAGAAUGGCGGUACACAUCUAUUCAAGGUCAAACAUACCUUUAUAAACAAUAUCUGUGUUAAGUCGAAGUCAUGUGUUUCAAGUGCUACCUGUAAACGUUUUUAAGAGUCGUUUAUAAAAGUGAUUUAUAUUAUAAGUAAGGUAGUCAAAAUUUAUUUAGCUCUCACAGAUGUACUAAAAUUAUGCAUCACUAUAUAUUAUUUGUUUGUAUGAACUGGAUACAUUCAAUUAUUAUCAAUGUUAUGUAAUAAAAUGAUAUUCUGUUGUUA